AUGAAAGCUCUUCAAAUAGUUUAUGAUCAAGACCCGAUGCAAGAGUACCUUUCCAAUCAUGUAAUACCUGUCAUUGCAGACUGGCCUGGUCAACUCUUUAUUCAAAAAGCUAUUGCACAACGGCUUCUUGUCAAUAACGAAACCAUUCCUCCGUUUGUUAUGGCAUUUGUGCCUAUGAUGG